GCCAGCGAGUAAAGAAGCAGAUCUGCUCUCCCUCCCACUUGCUUCCUCCUGUCUUCCCACCCUGGCCGAGCCAGGCCAUAGAGCAGCGGCAGGCCUUGGAAGAGGACCUUCACAUCCUCCUGUAGGUGGCAACAGUGCCACCUGUUUGACCGGUGGGGCUGAGCCAAGGACUGGAAGAGGGAGGAGGCAGACAACUCGGAGUGGAGCUGGGAAGCAGUGCAGAGCAGUGCAGAGCAGAGAACAGAGCAGAGCUGCCGCUGAGAUAAGGCCUUCACCAUGGCCCCUGGCUGCUGCUCCGUCUGGGCCCGCUGCCUCCACUGCCUGUAUAGCUGCCACUGGAGGAAAUGCCCCAAUGAGAGGAUGAAAACGAGCAAGUGCGACUGUAUCUGGUUUGGCCUGCUCUUCCUCACCUUCCUCCUCUCCCUGGGCUGGCUGUACAUCGGGCUCAUCCUUCUCAAUGACCUGCACAACUUCAAUGAAUUCCUAUUCCGCCACUGGGGACACUGGAUGGACUGGUCCCUGGCAUUCCUGCUGGUCAUCUCUCUACUGGUCACAUAUGCAUCCUUGCUAUUGCUCCUGGCCCUGCUCCUGCAGCUCUGUGGACAACCUCUGCAUCUGCACAGUCUCCACAAGGUGCUGCUGCUCCUCAUUAUGCUUCUUGUGGCCACUGGCCUUGUGGGACUGGACAUCAAAUGGCGGCAGGAGUGGCAUAGCUUACGUCUGUCACUGCAGGCCACAGCCCCAUUCCUUCAUAUUGGAGCAGUCGCUGGAAUCACCCUCCUGGCCUGGCCUGUGGCUGAUACCUUCUACCGUAUCCGCCCAAGAGGUCCCAAGAUUCUGCUACUGCUCCUAUUUUCUGGAGUUGCCCUGGUCGUCUACAUGGCCCCCCUAUUCAUCUCCUCACCCUGCAUCAUGGAACCCAGAGAUUUACCCGCUAAGCCUGGGCUGGUGGGACACCGAGGGGCCCCCAUGCUGGCCCCCGAGAACACCCUGAUGUCCCUGCGGAAGACAGCAGAAUGUGGAGCUGCUGUGUUUGAGACUGAUGUGAUGGUCAGCUCCGACGGGGUCCCCUUUCUCAUGCACGAUGAACAGCUGAGCAGAACCACGGAUGUAGCCUCUGUGUUCCCAGCCCGAACCACAGCCCACAGCAGUGAAUUUUCCUGGGCUGAACUGAAGAGACUCAAUGCUGGGGCCUGGUUCCUAGAGAGGCAGCCCUUCUGGGGGGCCAAGCAGCUAUCAGGCCCUGAUCGGAAAGAGGCUGAGAAUCAGGCAGUACCAGCAUUGGAAGAGCUAUUGAAGGAAGCAGCAGUCCUCAACCUUUCCAUCAUGUUUGACUUGCGCCGUCCUCCACAAAACCACACAUAUUAUGACACCUUUGUCAACCAGACAUUGGAGACUGUGCUGAGUGCAGGGGUGCCCCAAGCCAUGGUCCUUUGGCUACCAGAUGAAGAUCGGGCUAAUGUCCAACAGCGUGCACCCAGAAUGCGCCAGAUAUAUGGACAGCAAAGAGGCAACAGAACUGAGAGGCCCCAGUUUCUCAACCUUCCCUAUCAAGACCUUCCACUGUUAGAUAUCAAGGCACUGCAUCAGGAUAAUGUCUCCGUGAAUCUAUUUGUAGUGAACAAACCCUGGCUUUUCUCCCUGCUUUGGUGUGCAGGAGUGGAUUCAGUCACCACCAAUGAUUGCCAGCUGCUUCAGCAGAUGCAUUACCCCAUCUGGCUUAUUUCGCCUCAAACCUAUUUAAUGAUGUGGAUCAUUACCAACUGUGUCUCUACCCUGCUUCUUGUGUGGACCUUCCUCCUCCAGGGGAGAUGUGCUAAUGAAAGAGAGAGAACUGGUUUAGAAACAACAGUGCUGUUGACCAGGAUCAAUAAUGUCAUGACAGAUUGAAUGCCCUGCCCUGGCCUCCCAUCAGCUGGUGUCCAAGGCCUGUCUUCAUUGGUCAAUUGCAAGGGUGGAAGAGGGACUGAAGAGGAAUACUCUGGGGUAGUGUGUUGUGGUAUGGGGGGAAUUUGGCCAAAAGGAGGUUUUGAAUCAGGAGGGCCCUCUGCCCAGUUGGUGGGCAUGCCUCAAACUGCCAUGGAAUCUGCUCCCCUCAGCAUUUUUAUCUGAGAUGGUUGGGAAAACAGUGAGUCAUGAGAAGUUUCUCCCAAACUGAAACUAGAUUGAGGAAGUAAAAGGAAGGUUGCCAAGAUAAUGUUUCAGACUUGUGUCCAUGUGUUUUUGCAUUGAAGGCAUGGGUGUGUCAGGGUGUCACAGCUUAGAACAGUGACGGAAAGUGACCUCUCCUGGAGAACUCUAAGAUGAUGGAGACAUGGUCCCCACUCAAUGCAGUAUCUCACCUGACCCUUGUGAUUUAGCUGUUAUUCUGCUUAGAGCCCAUCUCGAUAUGUAAUUAUGUGCCUACAUGUAGCUUUUUUCUGGAAACAGCCUUUUCUUCAAGACUAGACGGUUCCUGUAUCUUGUCUGUCAAUCUGUUACUCAAUGAAUUUAUUUCCCAUUUGG